CUCCGGGCGGGGGUCUCAUUGUCACCGGCGUCCGCACCCCGACCGAGGGUCAAUUGCAGUGAGCUGCCGACACACUGUGGCCCUGAACCCUCGGACAGUGCCGGUGGUCCUCCUGUCCCUCUGACCCUCGAUCCAAACCCGAGCCCGGGGGAGAUGAGAGAAAGUGCAGAAAUCAUUUCUGCGGUGCAUGCUUAUUGCUCAGAUCGUGGCGGAUGAACGGGUUUCUGGAUCUCCCAGACACUAGCUAUCUAAAUCCAAGGAGCUGGAACUUGGGGCAAAAAUAAGUUCGGAGUUGAUCACGGGUGAAGAACUUAGAAGGCAGUUCUCAGACAAAGUGGAUUAGAGAUCUUAUGCAUGAAUUGAAUCAGAACACGAACAUUAAGAUCAGAUCCAAUGUCCAGAAUCAGUUGUUAUCAAGGUUGGAAACAGCAAAGGAUUUGUGUACGGGAAUCUCAAACACAACAGCUCAUCAGUUCUGCUGUGUCUGACCGGACAUUUAAGGAGUAACCGGAUAUUUCCUUCGUGAUGCCAAUAUAUCAUUUGUAGAUCCUUCGAGAUGAAGAUGUAUCUCAUCACCGACUGUGUGGGACGAGAUUUACACAGUCAGCCCACCCGCAGACAUGCAGUGAGUUCACAAGGGUGAGAGACCAUUGAACUGUUGUGAAGCGAUUCACUACUUCAUCCCACGUGAUGACACACCAGCAAGUUCACGCUGGGGAGAGACCGUUUAUCUGCUCCGUGUGUGGGAAGAGAUUCAUUCGGUCAGCUGAUCUGCUGACACACGAGCGAGUUCACACUGGCGAGAGGCCGUUUAUGUGCUCCACGUGUGGGAAGAGAUUCAUUCGGUCAUUUGACCUGCUGACACACAGGCGAGUUCACACUGGGGAGAAACCAUUCACCUGCUCACACUGUGGGAAGGGAUUCACUCAGUCAUCCCACCUAAAGACACACCAGUCAGUUCACACCGGGGAGAGACCGUUCACCUGCUCGGACUGUGGGAAGGGAUUCACUCGGUCAUCGAACCUACUGGCACACCAGCGAGUUCACUCUGGUGAGAAGCCGUUCUCCUGCUCAGACUGUGGGAAGGGAUUCACUCUUUCCUCUCAGCUGAAGUUACACCAGCGAGUUCACAAGCGAGAGAAACCUUUCACCUGUUCCGUGUGCGGGAAGGGAUUCACUCACUCAUGCCGUCUUGUGACGCACCAGCGAGUUCACACUGGGGAGAGACCGUUCACCUGCUCAAAGUGUGGGAAGAUGUUUACUCAGUCAUCCAACUUGCAGACACACCAGCAAGUUCACACCGGGGAGAGGCCGUUUACUUGCCCUGAAUGUGGCCAGCGAUUCGCUCGGUCGUCCUACCUGAUCAAACACCAGCGACUUCAUUCUGGGGAGAGUCUGUUCAGGUGCUCAGUCUGUGGGAAGGCAUUUCCUGAAUCAUCUCACCUGCAGGUACACCAGCGAGUUCACACGGGAGAGAGACCGUUCACGUGCUCUGUGUGUGGGAAGGGAUUCACUCACUCAUCCCAUGUGACGAGACACCAGCGAGUUCACUCCAGGGAGAAGCUGUUCACCUGCUCAGACUGUGGGAAGGCUUUUACCCAGUCAUCUCACCUGAAGACACACCAGCGAGUUCACAGUGGGGAGAGACUGUUUAUCUGCUCCGUGUGUGGGAAGGAAUUCCUCCGGUCAUCUGAUCUGCUGAUCCACCAGCGAAUUCACACCGGGGAGAGGCCGUUCACCUGCUCUGAAUGUGGGAAGGGUUUCCCUCAAGCGUCCCACCUUGUGAAACACCGGCGAGUUCACGCUGGGGAAAAAGUGUAAAUAAGCUGCCUGCUGGAGGCAAGUUUGAGAAGUGACUGUUGGUGUGAAACUGCAAUUAUUGCUGCUGCUCACCACAGCCAGUCUGCACCCUGGUCACUGGGCCUGGGAGGAGUCUCUUCCUCUGACAUUCACCUUAUGAGACUGCAGUUUAAUAUUCUAGGUCUGUUACAA